UGACGUCAGCGCGGGCCCGCUCCCGUGCUCAGCGCCUAGAGCUGUCAUCAUUUUACCGGGAGAAGCGAAGGACAUCCGGAGACCGGCCGAGAGGAACCCGUCGCACCGCUUCUGGAGUGGACUGACGUGGACGUCUGACUGCUUCCUGUCCUGGGACUGACCCGCUUUUACCUCCUCCACUCGUUCUGAGGUCGAGGACGUCGGCACCAUUGGACCGACCACCACCGCCGUGUGUGUGAUACUUUAAGGACUGCUCAUGCAUCGUUUAAGGACUUGUGCGGCGCGAUUGCGUCCGCUCACCGCCUCACAGGCGGCUCAGACUUUUGGCCCGCAGCGGCCAAUCACAGGCACCUCCACUGGUGGCAAAAGGACGUUUCAGCCAAUCCGGUGCUACACGGCACCGGUGGCCUCUGAGCCAUUCCUAAAUGGGACAAGCUCCAACUACGUGGAGGAGAUGUACUACGCCUGGUUGGAGAACCCCAAGAGUGUACACAAGUCGUGGGAUGUGUUUUUCCGGAAUGCCAAUGCUGGUGCUCCUCCCGGCGCCGCCUACCAGUCUCCUCUGGCUCUGUCUGCGGCGUCGAGUCUCGUCGCCCCUCAGCUCUCCUCUCUGGUCGGCGCUCAGCCCAACGUAGAGAAGCUGGUGGAGGAUCACCUGGCUGUCCAAUCGCUCAUCAGGGCUUACCAGAUCCGAGGGCACCAUGUGGCCCAGUUGGACCCUCUUGGCAUCAUGGACGCUGAUCUGGACUCGUGUGUCCCCACUGACAUUAUCACCUCCUCCGACAAGCUGGACGUGGCUGUGUUCAAGGAGAGGCUGCAAAUCCUCACGAUCGGAGGCUUCUAUGGUUUGGAGGAGUCGGACCUGGACAAAGUGUUCCGGCUUCCCACCACCACCUUCAUCGGUGGCUCAGAGAGCGCGCUGCCGCUGAAGGAAAUCAUCCGCCGGCUGGAGAUGGCGUACUGUCAGCACAUCGGAGUGGAGUUCAUGUUCAUCAAUGACCUUGAGCAGUGUCAGUGGAUCAGACAGAAGUUUGAGACUCCCGGCGUGAUGCAGUUCACUCUGGAGGAGAAGAGGACGCUGCUGGCCCGCAUGAUUCGCUCCACCAGGUUUGAGGAGUUCCUGCAGAAGAAGUGGUCUGCAGAGAAGCGCUUUGGCCUGGAGGGCUGCGAGUCUCUGAUCCCCGCUCUGAAGACCAUCAUCGAUAAGUCCUCGGAGAACGGCGUGGAGAACGUCAUCAUGGGAAUGCCCCACAGGGGUCGUCUGAACGUUUUGGCCAAUGUGAUCCGGAAAGAGCUUGAACAGAUCUUCUGUCAGUUUGACUCCAAACUGGAAGCAGCUGAUGAGGGUUCCGGCGAUGUGAAGUACCACCUGGGGAUGUACCAUCGCCGCAUCAACCGCGUGACGGACAGGAACAUCACGCUGUCUCUGGUGGCGAAUCCGUCUCACCUGGAGGCCGUGGACCCCGUGGUUCAGGGAAAGACCAAAGCUGAGCAGUUCUACUGCGGAGACACGGACGGAAAAAGAGUGAUGUCCAUCCUUCUCCACGGAGACGCCGCGUUCGCUGGUCAGGGCAUUGUCUACGAGACCUUCCACCUGUCUGACCUGCCGUCCUACACCACACAUGGCACCGUGCACGUGGUGGUCAACAACCAGAUCGGCUUCACCACAGACCCUCGCAUGGCCCGCUCCUCGCCGUACCCAACGGAUGUGGCUCGCGUCGUCAACGCUCCCAUCUUCCACGUGAAUGCCGACGAUCCCGAGGCCGUCACCUACGUCUGUAAGGUGGCGGCUGAGUGGAGAGCCACCUUUCACAAAGACGUUGUGGUCGACCUGGUGUGUUACCGUCGGAUGGGCCAUAACGAGAUGGAUGAGCCGAUGUUCACUCAGCCGCUGAUGUACAAACAGAUCAAGAAGCAGAAGCCUGUUCUGCAGAAAUACGCUGAGAAGCUGAUCGCAGAGGGAGCCGUGAGCCGGCAGGAGUACGAGGAGGAGAUCUCCAAAUACGAUAAGAUCUGCGAGGAGGCAUAUGCUCGCUCCAAAGACGAGAAGAUCCUCCACAUCAAGCACUGGCUGGACUCCCCAUGGCCCGGUUUUUUCACUCUGGACGGUCAGCCAAAGUCGAUGAGCUGCCCCUCCACCGGUCUGACUGAAGAAGACUUGAACUACAUCGGGCAGGUGGCCUCGUCCGUCCCCGUGGAGGACUUCACCAUCCACGGAGGUCUAAGUCGUAUCCUGAAGAGUCGGGCCGAAAUGGUCAAGAACCGGAUGGUAGACUGGGCUCUGGGGGAGUACAUGGCCUUCGGAUCGCUGCUGAAAGAGGGGAUCCACGUCAGGCUGUCAGGGCAGGACGUCGAGCGAGGGACCUUCAGCCACCGUCACCACGUCCUCCAUGACCAGAACGUGGACAAGAGGACCUGCAUCCCCAUGAACCACCUGUCCCCGGACCAGGCGCCGUAUACUGUGUGCAACAGUUCACUGUCGGAGUACGGUGUACUCGGCUUCGAGCUGGGUUUCGCCAUGGCGAGCCCGAAUGCUCUGAUCCUGUGGGAGGCUCAGUUUGGAGACUUCCAAAACACGGCACAGUGCAUCAUCGACCAGUUCAUCUGCGCCGGUCAGGCCAAGUGGGUGAGACAGAAUGGCAUCGUGCUGCUGCUGCCACACGGCUUGGAGGGCAUGGGUCCUGAACACUCUUCAGCUCGUCCAGAGAGAUUCCUCCAGAUGUGCAACGACGACCCAGAUGUGUUGCCUAACAUCACCGAGGACUUUGCCGUUCGUCAGCUCUACGACUGUAACUGGAUCGUGGUGAACUGCUCAACUCCUGCAAACUACUUCCACGUUCUCAGACGGCAGAUCCUGCUGCCCUUCAGGAAGCCCCUGAUCAUCUUCACUCCCAAAUCUCUGCUCCGUCACCCUGAGGCCAGAUCGAGCUUUGACGAGAUGCUGCCCGGAACUCACUUCCAGCGGCUGAUCCCUGAGGCGGGCGGAGCGGCGGAGCGUCCAGAUGCGGUGACAAGGUUGAUCUUCUGCACGGGGAAGAUUUACUAUGAGCUGACCAAAGAGAGGAAGACCAGAGGCUUGGAGGACACGGUGGCCAUCACUCGCAUAGAGCAGCUCUCCCCAUUCCCAUUCGACCAGGUGAAGGCAGAGAUAGAGCGCUUUCCCAACGCCCACCUGAUCUGGUGUCAAGAGGAGCACAAGAACCAGGGUUACUAUGACUAUGUGAAGCCUCGCAUCAGGACCACCACUCUGAAAGCCAAGCCCGUCUGGUAUGCUGGCAGAGACCCGGCAUCAGCUCCAGCAACAGGAAACAAAAACACUCACCUGACAGAACUGCGGCGUUUCCUGGACACCGCCUUCGGCACAAACGCAUUCAAAGACCAGCAGUGAACAUGUGAAAUGUAACACCUGGAAUCAGCCCUCAUUUGUCUCACCUGAAUUCACGCACACAUCAUACAGUUAGUCCUUUGUGUGGCUAAUCACACUGCACAGGAGCAAACAGGAAAACAGCAGGAACUCCAUCCAAAAAAUCAGAUUUAACAGAUCACAGCAGGAGGUGGAGCGUCAAAUAUCUCCUUGGAUUCAAAUUUAAACUUUAUUUUUCUGGUCUGUAACAGACAGAAACAGCUAACAAAAAUAUAACUGUAUUCACAUAAUAAAAAUAAUAACAGAUGAAAUGAGCUGCAGUUUGUUUUUAUCCUGAUUUCUUCAGUUUGAUGCCGGUAAAAGUGGCUGAAUUCUCCAUCAGAAGCUCCUCAGGUUGGGAUCACGGUGCCGCUGAGGAAACCUUAAAAUCAGUCAGAUUCUCAGUGAACUCCUGAACUAAGUCUAAAUAUUUUUGAAUGAACUUUGGUAUUCUUCUACUCAGUCAAAAACGUCUGGGGAAAAAUCUGGAAGUUGAACCUCAUUUCUCAUAAUGACUAAUAAAAUUUUUCAGCUUUGUGCCGGGGACAGGACAUUUGAGUUAGCAUUGUUAGCGCUCCCCAUUCAAAACUGAUGGGAGCCCGGCUAGCUGCAGAGAGCAGGUGUUUUUUUGUUUUUUUUCCCCCACCUUUCAGCAGGUGUGUUCACUCACUGAAACUCAAAUUAAGCCGACGACACAGAAAUCAGACGUUUCAGAAGUCCAUUGAACUGUCUGAUUUUAGGCUUCCCUCAGUGUCACAGUGAUCAUUUGUACACGUGUUCAUGUGAAAAAGGAGCUGUUGAUGGAGAAUUCAGCUGCUUUAAAAGCACCACAUCAGGGUAAAAACAAACCCCAGAGAGAAAAAUGGGAGCUCAUCAGACCCCUUCCCUUUACUGGCCCUCAUCCAAUCUGAGUGAACCGGUACGGUAUUAGUGCUGAGGUCAGCUUCAGGCUCAGCUUCACCACAAACAACGAGGCAACUCAGCUUCAGCAUCUUCCUUUGAUUCAGGAUAAACAUUCUGGGGAGUUUAAACUUUUUUUUAAGGUGAUUUAAAAUAAGAGGUUCUAAAACUCUAAAACUCUAAAACUGGAAAGCAAAGAAAGGAUCGUGACACUGACAAAAACCUGUGAGGGUUUCAGAGGUUUAGGUGUGUUUGUGAAUGUCCAAAUGAUAAAAGCUGGUCAGAUCAGAUAAGUGCUGAGUAAAAUCUACUCUUAAAUGGACAAACUGUUUACUGAAGUCUGGAAGGUUUCGAUCAGAAGUCAGAUUCAUGUGCAGAGAAUAUGAAUUUGUGACUUAUAAAGUCGGACCUGAGAGAUAAAAGAUGAACAACAUGUAGUCUUAAAUUGGAUGAUUUUUCAAUAGUUUGGUAUGUUGUGCUCAAAUAUUUGAAAUAUUUGGCUAAAAAGCACUGUUGUAGUUACAGUUGGGCUUUUAUUUAUUCUUUAUAGCUGAUCAAAUCCAGCUGUGGGGACACUUUUGUUUCCAAAAUUUAAACACAAGAAGCAACGUGAGACCUAAAAGUCUAAAAUUGGUAAAAAUUUUCUAUGAGUUCUGGUCUUUUCACCAGAAUUCGUAGAAAAUUUUCACAAGAGUGAAAAGGUUAAGCAGCCACGCAAAGAUCAAAAAAUAAGAAUUUUGAAUGCAAAGGCUAGAUGCUCAGAUCAAGUCUUCCUCAAUAAAAUGUCUUAAAUUGGGGAAACUUUGAAUGAAGUCUGGUGCAAUUAGUUCAAGACAUUUUGGUGAUCGAUAUGCAGCCUCUGUCAACAGUUGCAACAAAAAGCUCCUUAGGCAACAUUAAGUUUUUUUUUUGUUUGUUUUUUCCUUACUGAUGCAGCUUUGCUUUAGAAAAUGUUCUAGUGGAGUUGAGCCUGAACGACCUUUGACCUCACCGUUCUCACACACACACACACACACUCUUUCACAAUGUCAGGAGGUAAUUACAGAACAAAGGUUUCCUCUCUAGUCCACCUUCAUCCUCCUCAUCAUUAUAGGAGCCGUUCUUCUUCUUUGCACAGAAAUCCUGAAGAGUUGCAGAAACUUUUGAUUAUUAGCUUUUUAAAGUGCUCGUUGGCAUCAUCAGCGCCACCUGAUGUGAACCAGAAUCACUAAAGGCGACAGGUGGUGGUUUUUUACCUGUCGGCAGGUGUGUCCGUGUGUCAUUAGAGGCAGCGCUGAACAUAGAUUUUAUUGUCUUUUACUUUGAAGGGUUCUUUUACGCACUGCUGAUAAUUGAUUUGACCCCCUGGCUUCUGUCCCCCCCCCCUCCGCGAGCGUGCAUCCCGUGCCAAAAUGGACCGCGAGCGUUUUUAGUGUUUUUUGGCGUCCGGCAAGCAGUUGAGCGAUUAAAUGGUCCGCUGCUGGUGGCGUUCUGCGAGACAAAGAAAAUGAUUUAUUUAUUUUCAUAAAAGGGGAUUGAACUUCUCUGCAUUAUAUUGCUUCAUUCAAUAAAGAAAUCUGUAUGUA